CUUUGCACUCAUCUGAAGAAUAGAUCAUGGGUGGAGUUUGGAAAAGAAAUGUUGUGUUUGGUCUCUGCUAGAAACAAAACAAGGUACCAUCUCAUGGCCUCUUGGUUCAAAUCCGUUUUCUUUCUUGCUCCGCGGGGAGAGACUGCCCCUGGAGUAUUCUGCUUUUAAUAAGCUUCCCAAUCAGCUCUCGAGUGCAAAACGCUCUCCCUCCCUCGCCCAGCCUGCGUCCUCCUGGCCCGCUCCUCUCAUCCCUCCCAUUCUCCAUUUCCCUUCCGUUCCCUCCCUGUCAGGGCGUAAUUGAGUCAAAGGCAGGAUCAGGUUCCCCGCCUUCCAGUCCAAAAAUCCCGCCAAGAGAGCCCCAGAGCAGAGGAAAAUCCAAAGUGGAGAGAGGGGAAGAAAGAGACCAGUGAUCCGUCCAGAAGGCGGGGAGAGCAGCAGCAGACCAAGCAGGAGCUGCAGCGAGCCGGGUACCUGGACUCAGCCGUAGCAACCUCGCCCCUUGCAACAAAGGCAGACUGAGCGCCAGAGGGGACAUUUGCAACUCAAAAAUGCAGGCUCAACAGUACCAGCAGCAGCGUCAAAAAUUUGCAGCUGCCUUCUUGGCAUUCAUUUUCAUACUGGCAGCUGUGGAUACUGCUGAAGCAGGGAAGAAAGAGAAACCAGAAAAAAAAGUGAAAAAGUCUGACUGUGGAGAAUGGCAGUGGAGUGUGUGUGUGCCCACCAGUGGAGACUGUGGACUGGGCACGCGGGAAGGCACUCGGACUGGAGCCGAGUGCAAGCAAACCAUGAAGACCCAGAGAUGUAAGAUCCCCUGCAACUGGAAGAAGCAAUUUGGAGCGGAGUGCAAAUACCAGUUCCAGGCCUGGGGAGAAUGUGACCUGAACACGGCCCUGAAGACCAGAACUGGAAGUCUGAAGCGAGCCCUGCACAAUGCCGAAUGCCAGAAGACGGUCACCAUCUCCAAGCCCUGUGGCAAACUGACCAAGCCCAAACCUCAAGCAGAAUCUAAGAAGAAGAAAAAGGAAGGCAAGAAACAGGAGAAGAUGCUGGAUUAAAAGAUGUCACCUGUGGAAUAUAAAAAGGACAUCAGCAAACAGGAUCAGUUAACUAUUGCAUUUAUAUGUACCGUAGGCUUUUUAUUCAAAAAUUAUCUAUAGCUAAGUACACAAUAAGCAAAAACAAAAAGAAAAGAAAAUUUUUGUAGUAGUGUUUUUUAAAUGUAUACUAUAGUACCACUAGGGGCUUAUAAUAAAGGACUGUAAUCUUAUUUAGGAAGUUGACUUAUAGUACAUGAUAAAUGAUAGACAAUUGAGGUAAGUUUUUUGAAGUUAUGUGACAUUUUACAUUAAAAUUUUUUUUUACAGUUUUUGGGCAACAAUUUAAAUGUUAUGACUAUGUAAACUACUUCUCUUGUUAGGUAAUUUUUUUCACCUAGACUUUUUUCCCAAUUGAGAAAAAUAUAUACUAAACAAAAUAGCAAUAAAACAUAAUCACUCUAUUUGAAGAAACUAUCUUGUUUUCUGCCAAUAGAUUUUUUAAAAUGUAGUCAGCACAAUGGGGGUGGGGAAGCAGAGCAUGCCCUAGUUCAAUGUCAACUUUUUUUUUUUUUAAAGAAAAGCAUUAAAACAUAAAAUUCUUUCACUUUGGCAGAAGAAUUUGUUUUCUUGAUGAAAUUAUUUUUCCAUCUGAGGAAAAAAAUACUAGGAAAAUAAAUCAAGGUGAUGCUGAAAAAAAUUUGCUUUUGUGUUCAAUAAUGUGAUUUUUGUAACCCUACUCCUUUAGUCAUUUAUACUCCCCCAGUCAACUUAUUAGCACAGAGAAAUUGUCAUACAAACUAGCUAAGUCACUCUUGGGCACAAAUGUCACACAGUUUUUUUGUACUUUCUAUCAGUAAUUAAUAGGUUAAAUUGGUACUACUGAAUUCAACAAAAGUUUCACAAUAGUCUAGGGUUUGGUGGAGCAGGAAAACGCUCUUACAGUGGAUAUAUUUGGGUUCGCACCAGUCCAAAUCAGGAUCACUGUAAUGAUGUGCAAAAUGGUAGUUUGGGCUUAGUUUCCAUAAACCAAAAAUCUUCACUUUUUUACAUGCCAUGAGUGCCAAAGGCAAUCUGUAUAACUUCCUUAUCUGUUGGUCUCUAAGCACAAUUUUUAAGUAAACAAGUCUGUUCUCCUAUUAUUCAGGGAAUAAUAGAAAAUUCUCUGGGAUUAUCUUUAAAGUGUUUCUCUUGACAUACUCUUUAAUUCUAAAGUGAUAAGACUCAAUAAACAAACACCAAUCUACCAAGAUAAUUGCUAAGUCCGUUUUGGGGAAAUGAUGAUUUCAGCCUACCCUGGGCUAACUAUAAAAUACACAAUUACAUGCUGGUCUAAUGAUGCAGCCAAAGGGUCUUAGCAGCUAAACUACUUUUGCCAUCUAGCCUAUGACUCUACCUGAGCUAGGAAUGUUGAGCAGAUCCAUUUCUUCCUUCUACAUCAAAGCCACCUGUCAGUGGGGAAUAGAAAAAAAGGAUGAACUUCCAGGCAUUUUAUGGACUGGUGCUUAAUAAAAAGAGUGCCUUGUAAAGUGCAAAUGAUAGAAACACGAAUAGUAAAUGUAGUCCUUUUAUAAGCUGACCUUAAUUGGAAAAAGUACUCAUGGGGACGGAUGGAAGAGAAGAAAGAAAGGCAGUGUCUUCAGUGGAUUUUUUGACAGCAAACUUCCAAAAGGAUGGGAGGAUGGAAGAGCCUAUUGCAAAUUUUGAUAACCUCUCAGCUAAUGUUGCUCCUCUAACACAUUUAGCCAAAAGCAGCAACCCGUGAAUCAGUAAUGAGUUAAGGUGAACUAGAACUAAAUCUCCCAAGGGAAAAACAGUCCUGUAAAUAACUGUGGCAUACUCCUUUAUUCACAGGGCAUGGCAGGAAGCCAAAAGUGAAAGAUUUCUCUGCUGUGUCAACUACGAUACUUAGCAAGCCCUAGAAUAGCUUCCUGAUUCUCCCCUAAAGCAAAGAUUGGUAUGCUAAGCUCCCUUAUAUAGAGUGUGAAAUUCAACAUCCCUUAAGUCUCAAGAAUUAUUCUACCCCAGCCUCAGCUUUAAACAUCUUGUUAAGUCACACUGAAGUGUUGAAACAUAAAUGCAAAAGGACAAGCUCUCCACAUCUCUGAUUCUCACAAAUAGGAAAAAAUAGACCGUCAUCGGGCCCUUCACAGUGUUCUCCAGCAAGCUCUCUGUUCUGGGCUUUAUAAACUUCACCCUAAAGUUCAUUAAGCCUUGAAGAAGGGAAGGAAAAAUGCAAAGAAGUCAUCUGUGUUCCUUUACAUGGCCUUAGGGGGAAGACAAACUUUCUGUCCAAUAAUUGAGAGGGUAAAAAGCAACUUUACCAAGAUGCAGGCAAAAACAAAUCUUCCCUGAUGAGAAAGUGUCCUCAUUCAGCUCAGAGUUGGUAUCUCUCACACUUGUUCUCUGAUAGACUUUCUAAUUUAUUCAGGAUAUAUGAAUGCUGUCACAUUCUUCUAUAUAUAGGUUGUGAAGAAGAGGAUCUUGGAUAGACAUUUUGACUUCAUAUAUUCCUGGAAUGACGUAUUAACAUCUUCUUAACUUAGUAGAAGUGGAACUCAACCAGAGUUUAAAGCUCUAAAUGUUUUUUAAGAGAAUUUCUCCUAAAUUGGGAAGAUGUGGGUAUGAAAAAAAUUGAAUAAUUAUACUUGACCAUGAGAAAUCUCAUUGAGAAAGAAAAGGCUAUAGUUCUUUUCCAUUGAGGAGACAGAUACUUCUUUAAGAAUAAGAGAUACAGAUCUUUUUUUUUUUCUUCUGUAACAUCUAUUGGCUCCAUAAUUCUGAAAGUCUUAAAUGAAUUAUUAUAUAAUUUCCUUAAGUGAAUAACAGAGGUAAAUAGGCUAUAGAAAGCAGUGAAAAAGGAAAUAGAAAAUACGGCCUUUUGCAAAUUGAAUUAUUUUAAAGUAGUUUCCAAAUAUAAAAAUUAGAACUUUAUCUACAUUGAGUCGUGGGGUUUUCUAACAGAGUGAAGCAAAGGGACUUUCUUUUCAUUAACCUUUCCAAAAAUAAUAAGGCAGAUCAAUAUCCUUGGAUGUAGAAUAUCAAAGCCUUCAAGCUACUUUUUAAACAGUGAUAAGAGUCUUGGAAUACAUUAAUAUAAGAAGAAAAGGGCAUAAUGUUAUUCUAAGCAUCCAGCAAGGAAUGCCUGCUUCAAAAUUUGCACUCUAUUUUUACCAGAAAUAAAAUAUAUGGAGCAUUUUUAAUCAGAGGAAAACAUGUCUUACUCUUAGAAAUGCACUUGUCCUCUACUGUUUCUGUUCUUCCCAAUCCUUUGUUCUUCUAAGCAGAGAAACAGAAGGAAGUAAAAAAGCUUCAUCCUGUUGGGGUCACAGGUAAAAUAAUGUAAUUCAUAAGCAUUCCAGUACUUAUUAGAAAAGCAGACCUACUUUAAAAACUAUUAUUAUUUAAAAAGAAAAAUAAAGAAUUAGCUCCCAAUGUUUAAUUUUUGUAAAGCCAUAUUUUUUUAAAAAAAUGAAACCAUGACAGGCAGAACAUUGAUGUAUUUCUUACACAUGUAUCUAUUACAAUGAUUGUAUUAAGUUACUCAUGGGGUUGGCUAAAGAGGUUUAUAUGUAGAUUAUCACUUCAUAUUUUCUUUUGUUCUUUGAAAAUGUGCAUGGAAGCCAUAUUAUACCUUAUUAGAGAAUGAAAACAUGAAAAAUCUUGAUCAUCCUAUCCCUGAACUCCUGGGAUAACUUAGAGAACACAUAGAGAUUGUAUCCACACAUUCAACUUGCUUUUAGUGGAGAUACAGAUGUUACAUAAGAUAAAUAAUCACAGAGAAUAAUUUUUUCCCUUUUUUGAUUGUUUGAUUGUCAGAUCCAUCAAACAUAGGGCAAAACUUCAAUUAUCUUUGUUUAUGAGAUUCUUGGAUAAUUACAUGAAUGCAUCCCUUACUGUGAAUAAUCAACAGAUUGAAAUAUUUGCAAUGAAUGACAUGAAUUUUAGACUUCUAAAUCCUAAAAGUUGCAUGCUUUUAAGGUAGUCAUUUUUGCCUGAUAAUCUUUCUGUUCAAAAAAAAAAGUACCACACUAUUUUUUAAAGAACAUGAAUGUAAAUUAAACUGCUUUUGAAGACUUAUUCCUGUCACCAUGAGUAUCAGGUUAUUAUUUUUUGUUAUCAUGGCAGUUGUAGUUGUAAAUAUUUUCUUGUGUGUUCCUCAUGGAUCAUAGGAUUGAAUGAAUACUCCACCAGGAUGUAACCUUGAACUCAAUUUGAGGGAGUAAAAAACUAGCAACAAGACCCUUCAGAACGAAUGUAUCUUCUUUUAAAUUUUGUCUCUUAAUGAAGAUGGAAUAAAGUAUAUACUACUCUCUGAGCUA